AUGGGAGACACAAAUAAUUCCAAGCCUGUCGCGGCAAAAAAACCCCGGAAGUACGUAGCUGACUGGAGAAUCCCCCAUCGUCGCUCGGUUGAGCCUAGGGAUAUACCAACCUUAGAGGAGGCGAAGGCAAUCAUUGAUAGACUCUACGAGUCCGGAGUGCCCUUUUUCACCAAAGAGUUAAUCCAAGAUAUGUGGGAUCAGACCAAGCGAGAACCAACCCCAGACAAGAUAAUUACGAAAGACAUAACAGGCGCAACUGUUAGAUGCAAUGUGGAGAUGGGAAGGGUUUGCCGAAUGCGAGACGCAGAGGAUGAUACGGAAUUGAUGUAUGUGUGCAAAGACCUGGCCCUCAAUUACAACUGUCGCGCACAUCUUACGAACGAGAUUGACCGGAGACAUUUCUCGUUAUCGCACUGGGAGCCCUGCUCGGUCAUUAUCAUGCAUAAGACACAGAAAUUGGACUCCAAGACCAAGGAAAUUGUUCCACAGCGUGGCCCCCUUGACCGUGAAGUGGUUGCGAAAAUCUUCCACGACAAGACCCAAGAAUGGAAAGAGAGCCCAGCCUGUGAAAAGCUCAAGACAAUUUUGUCGUCGUCUGCAAAAGAUCAUGAGAUUAACAAGGUCGUCGCAUUUGCUCUUGGCACGAUGUCCUUUCAACAUUUCAAUGAGGAGGGCAUUCUAGAUACUAGCUAUGGGUGGCGAUCUGCAUUUCAGAAUGCGCUCCUCGUUACCAUAACUGAAUGGCUGAAAGAAAGAGACCACAAAGAGAAAGUCCCAUGCUACUCACAGGACCCGGCUCAGAGCGAAGUGGACAAGGAGAUUCUGGAUGAGGUAGGUAUCGAGGUGGUUGAUGAUCCGCGUGGUUGGCUCGAAGUGGACGAGCAAUCGGUAGUGUUCUCCGUAGCACCAAAUGUGCCUGUGAAGGAGAUUAUUACGGACAUCGCUCGACCAGCGAUUAUUAUUUGGUGUCGAGUGAAAUUCCUCGAUGGACUUGAUCAGAGAUGCACGGAUCCCGACUCUUCGCGAGUUAGAGCAAUGAUGGAAGGUUAUGAACUGUAUGAGUUUGGCCCUGAUCAGAACAUAUUCUGUGAUCUUGCGAUCUAUAUCCGGAAGUUGGUUGCUGCCCCAACUCCUUCAGAUGGAAGAUUCUCCUAG